CUAGAGCGGCCGCCCGGCUCGCCUACUCCUGGCUAGAGCGUCGCCUCUGCGCAGAGCCGCGUGUGACCUUCCCGCUCCUGGAGCGAUGCUGCCGGCGACCGCCCGACGCCUGUGGGGGCCGCUCCUCGGGCUUCGGGGCGCCGCGCUCCGCCUCGCCAGACAACAGGCGCCGGGUGUCUGCGCCGUGCGACACAUGAGGAGCAGCAGCCGCCGACGGGGUGAGGCGCUGGCUGGGGCACCCCUGGACAACACCCCCAAGGAGUACCCCCCCAAGAUCCAGCAGCUCGUCCAGGACAUCGCCAGCCUCACGCUCCUGGAGAUCUCAGACCUCAAUGAACUGCUGAAGAAAACGUUGAAGAUCCAGGACGUUGGCCUCAUGCCGACCAGUGGAGUAGUACCUGGAGCCCUCCCUGCUGCGGCAGUCCCUGAGGCGGCAGAGGAGGAAGACCUCCCGAAACAGAAAGAACAGACGCAUUUUACCGUCCGCUUGACAGAGGCAAAGCCUGUUGACAAAGUGAAACUGAUCAAAGAGAUCAAGAACUACAUCCAGGGCAUAAACCUUGUCCAGGCCAAGAAGCUGGUGGAGUCCCUGCCCCAGGAAAUCAAAGCUAAUGUUGCCAAAGCCGAGGCAGAGAAGAUAAAGGCAGCCCUGGAGGCCGUGGGCGGCACUGUGGUUCUGGAAUAGCUCCCACCUCUGAGGACUUACGGACUGGGGUCCCUGGGACCCAGGCGAGGCCCUGCCUGCGCACUGUACCCCCAGCACCAGGCUCCCAGAUGAAGAUUCCAGGAGGCUGGAGUUACUGGCCAUCAGUCCAUCUGGGAGGAACAGGAUGGACCUGCUGUGGUGGGGGGAGGGAAGCCACUGCCUGUGCAGAGCACGGGAGGCCACCUAGGAAGGUACGGGGUUAACAGGAGCUCCUCUGGUGGCUGCUGAGAAAAAUAACACUGUUGAGGCUCAGGA